AUGAUUCUGACCGCUUGUCUUUUUGCGUGUCUUAUAUGUCUCUUAGGAACAUAUUUAUGGACCAUUAACAAUAGUUAUAAUUAUUUCAAGCUUCGCAAUAUUUCAGGACCACCGCAUCAGUUUUUCUUUGGUCACUUGAGAACUCUAUGGUCGACAAAAAGAUAUUCGAAACAGUUACAAGAAUGGGCACGUAAAUAUGGAUCGAUAUAUGGAUUAUAUGAGGGAACUCGACCUUUGUAUGUUGUAUCCAAUGUUGAAUUUCUUCAUGAAGUUUACAUCAAACAAUUUUCUUCGUUUCAUUCGCGUCGUGUUCUAUUUUUGGCACGUAUGGGCAUUGGAACACCUGAAAACCUAUUUGGAGCAUCAGGAGAUACAUGGCGGCGUCAACGACAUGUUGUGAAUCGAACAUUUUCGCUCGGUAAAAUGAAACUUAUGCUACCCAUUGUAAAUGAAUGUAUCGAAACGUUAAUGAAUAAAUUAUCAAUUCUAAGUGAAAACAAUCAAGAGUUUAAUAUUUAUGAUAUGUACAAACGUAUGACAAUGGAUAUUAUCUGGCGCUCAGGAUUCGGCAUUAAAAGUGAUAUGCAAAAUGAUAUUGAUAAUAUUUAUUUGAAAAAAUCAGCUAAUGUAGUAGAUAUUAAUUUUGAUAAAUUAUUUAUUGUUCAAUUAAGUAAUGUAAUGCCAUUUCUCAAACCAUUUCUUAUCACUUUCUUUCUUUGUCAACUAAAAAUAAUUCGAACACUUGGCAAGAUAUUUCCAUUUAUAAACUAUUUUAUGGAAGAACUGGCUCCAUUCUGGAUUAUUAAUCGAGCUCAAGAAAUUGUUGAUUAUCGUAAAUUACAUUCAGAUGAGCAAAAACGUGUUGAUUUGCUACAACUGAUGAUCGAUGCAAAAGUAUCCGAUGAAAAAGAUAAACUGGAAAAUAUCGAAGAAGAUACAGAACAAAAAAUUUUGCAUUCAGAUGAAAUCGUUGGCAAUAUACUUAUUUUCAUGAUCGCUGGUUAUGAAACGACAUCGACCACAUUAGCAUAUUGUACAUAUAUACUAGCUAAGAAACCAGAUAUUCAAGAAAAACUCAUCGCCGAAAUUGAUGCUCAUCUAGAUCAAAAAGAUUACGAAGAUGAUUACGAUCUAGUUACAAAUAUGUCUUAUAUUGACAUAUUUAUUCGUGAAGUACUUCGAGUAUUUCCCAUUAUAAUACAAGCAACGUCACGAGAAUGUAACAAAACGACUACUAUAUGUGGUCACCAGAUUGAAGAAGGUAGUGUCAUACAAGCUGAUAUAUUGAGUAUACAUUUCAGUCCUGAUCUAUGGGGUCCUGAAGAUCCAAAUGAAUUUAUUCCUGAGCGACAUUUAACAAAACGUCAUCCAAUAUCAUGGAUGGCCUUUGGAAAUGGUCCAAGAAAUUGUGUUGGGAUGCGUUUCGCAAUUAUGGAACUCAAAAUAUGUUUGACACGUCUUCUAAGUCAAUAUAAUGUUUUACCUGGAGAUAAACUUGAAGAACAUUUUCAACUGACAGAAUUGAGUGUCAUUCAUCCCGAGGCUAUUUUUAUCAAACUGAAAAAACGAACCGCCUAA